GGAGGAGUUUGCGGUUGGUGAGGGAUCCGGGGCGGGGCUCCUGUAAAUUAGUUAAAAUGUAAUGACUUCAGCUCGCUGUAAUGUCUCUGGGCAGGAAGCCAAGAUCGGCGGGGGAGCGGCAAUGGGCAGUGAGAGGGCGGUGCGGUUUCCAGGGAAACCGGUUCCUCUCACCGGAGGCGCAGUGAUCGCCGUGAGGGUUAAAGGUCAGAGCUGGGAGUGGGGAAAGGUUAUGGAGCCAGAGGCACUCAGCAGAAAUGCGGCUAUUGGCGAGAGGAUCAGCACAAAAACUUCAACCCGGCCUUAGGAAUCUAUGCUAUAAUUACCACCGAAAAGAAUCUUGUAUAUGUAUGUAAAAAAUAAGAACCUUGUCGCACGGAGGAGUGAGAGGUGAAUUACUCCUAACCUGAAAGGUUAUUUGUAGCUCUGGCUGAAUAAUAUCACUUUUGAAGUGAACCCGGAGAUGAAGAGGCAGCUGCUCAGUGUGAUGUGCCCCCGUGCUUCUUGCUUCCAUAUUGCAAGAAGCAACAGUCUCCAAGUGCGAGUUUACUGCUCACAGCCCACCCAGAAAUCAGUUACCAAGACUCUAAAUGAAACUACCAAUGCCACACAGCUGAAGUGGGUGGAACUGAGCAAAGAUUUAAGCAAAAAGACUGUUGAGCAUAUUCGAAUCACAACCAAUUCCUUGUGGGAGAAAUAUGAGGAGUUUGUUGGACUGAAAGAGGUGCAAGUAGCACAGCUCAAAGUCACUGAGGCAGAGAAAGCUUUCAUGGUGGCUCGAGGUGUUGUUCGACAAAGUCGGGAAACCCUUGAAAAUCAACAGUUGAAACUGAAGGAAGUUCGAGAUAGAUUAGACAGAGUCUCACGAGAGGACAGUCACUAUCUAGAACUGGCCACCCAGGAGCAUAAACUGCUGCAGGAAGAAAGACGGCACCGAACAGCAUACGAAAAUGCAGAGGAGCUGGAACGUGAGACAUUCGCUCUCUUUUCUGCAGCAGUGAGAGAAAGCCAUGAGAAAGAGCGGACUAGAGCAGAGAGAACAAAAAACUGGUCUGUGAUUGGGUCCGUGUUGGGUGCUAUGAUCGGGGUUCUGGGAUCAACCUACAUCAACAGAGUUCGAUUGCAGGAGCUGAAGGGAUUACUUCUUGAGGCACAGAAAGGGCCAAUUAACUUGCAGGAAGCUCUUAAAGAGCAAGCCUCCAUACACCAAAUUCAAAGCCAAAAACUCAAUACACUUGUAACAAGUCUGAAGGAACUAGUACAUGACAAAAGUGCAUUUCAGCAAGCAGGUAAGGAGGCCACCACGAAUCUGAAAAAAACAGAAUCUGGUCUCAAACCAGAUCACGUUAUGGAUGCUUUGAAGAAACAAGCAAGCUCUGCAAAACAGACGAGUGCAGCAUUAGAAGGACUAGAACUGAAAUUAAAUGGUCUGGAACAAGCAAUUGGGAAGGUUGCAUCUGACAUUAGGACAGUAAAAUCUGUCACACAAGCUAAGGCAUCACAGACUGUUUCUUCAGGAUUGACACAGGAUUGGCAGAUUCUUGCUACGGAGAAUAUGAUUGAUGGGUUAGCAGAGACGGAGAAAAGGCUAGAAUCUCAUAUCCGAGCAAGUUCUUUGUAUAACACAAUGCUGACAUAUGCUGCAUUUGCACUCACACUGCCAGUGUUAUACGUGCUCUUCAAAGGAAAUUGAAAGAAACUGUCGUGCAUGAAUGUAGCAUGUAGGCAUUAUGCUGUUUGAGAAAAGUAGAUAUUAUUUUCUAGUAAUUGGGACAAUUAGUUUUGGCAAUUGAAGUGUUUUUUUUUUAAUUUUGAGAGGUAUUAUUUUGAUCUUGUUCUUACUCUCGAAGGAAAGAACCUGUGCUUAAAUAGCCUCUUGCACCCUUCGGAUAUUUCACCAAUAGAUAGCUUUAGAAAUGCAGUCACUGUUCUUAUGCAGAUCAUUCAGUGUUGCUAACAAUCUGAACACUGGAAUAAGAAGCUCCACAUCCAAGGAUUCAUUUCAUUUUCACUUUAAUUUCCAUUUAGAAAAUUCCGCAGGAAUGUGACUGUAGUUGAACAUCUGGCUCAAUAAUACUUUUCUACCUGCUUCCCAUAUCUCUCGAUUUCUCGUGAGGCCACGCAACAUUUGCCCACCACAACAUUAAGUAUAAUCAACAAUGGAACAUAUACGCCUUUCAGGUAGACAAUUCCAAAGAACCAUAGCCCUUUGAAUGAAGAGAUUUUUCCUUGUCUCAACUCUAAAUGAUAGACUCCUUGUCCUGAGCUUGUCCCCCAUUUCUCCAGCCAGGGAGAAUUUUUCAGUGUAUUAAUUUUCAGAGUCUACCAUGCUUCAAUAAAACAACCUCCUACUCUUCGCACCCCCAGAGAAUGUGGACUGAAGUUACUCAACUUCUUAUCAUUCAGUCUUCUCAGCCCAGGGACCAACCUAGUGAACCUUUGCUCCACCACCUUCAGUGCAGGUAUAUCUUUCCUUAAACAUAGAGGACAGAAAUGCACGCGGUAUUCUGUGUAUAGUCUCACCAAAGGACUCUUCAAUUGGAGCAAGACUUCCAUUAUUCGUGUACUCCAAUCCCCUUGCAAUAAGGAUCAGCAUGUCAUUUGACUUCCUAUUUGCUUGCUGUACCUGCAUACUAACUUUAAGUUAGUUUUUGUAUAGUAAGCACAAGCUGCUUCAUAAAAUUAUUCGCAACAGAUAAGCUCAGCAAAUUUACAUGAUGAAACCACAAUCAGUUCAAGAAUUAAGAAUUAAUCUUCCAGGCAUCAGGUUUGGAAUUUAAUCCACUGAUUAAAUAAAUUGUUUGCUGCUCAACCACCGAUAAUAAACAUUUUGUUCAA